AUGUCGGUUGUCGUUUGCUUGUGCAUCGUACUGCAGAAGGCAAACUGUCAAUCACACGGGGCCAAUAACGUCUACCACGAAUACUCCGAAGUGCAACAGCGGCCACCUGCAGCUGGAAAACCGUACGGCACCGACAACUUCCAAAACCCCGGAAGUGGUGGUUAUCAUUCGUUACCGGAUGUAUACGACAACGACAAAUGGAGAACCACCGAGUCAUCCGGGGUGCACCACGGCGACGGCGGCGGUUAUUCUAAUGCAGCACUAACCGACGUGACCGGAGUCGCGGUUAAGGGCGGUGGUCCGGUCGUCGUCAGCGGCGGUAGCGUGGUGCUCAGACCGUCGGCCGGAGGUUUCGUCGUAGACGGCGGCGGCAUUGGGACAUUCAGCGAACCGGAAGUGGCCGGAGUCCAGCAGCUGCUGCAGCAGCCGUUAUCCGCGGUCGGGCCAUACGUCGAGGCCGGGGAUGGAGUGUUGCAGUUCGGCCCCCCGCCUCCGCAACACCUUCACCCGUCCGGACAUCCGGUUUUCCCCGUUUCCGGUCUGCUGCAGCGGUUGCUGUUCGGCAAGGCGAUAUUCGGCCCACCGCCGUUGGACGGAUACUCGCCGCUGUGCAGCCGGUUGACGGCGGUAGGUCGGUUCCUGUUGGACAGGGUAUUCGAUCCGCUGUUCGCCACCGGCUUCUUUAUGGCUGCGUCGUACCUGUUCCGGACGUCAGUGUUGCCCAGGAUAGCGCAUUACAUUCAUGUAUACGCCAUGAUGAAGGAACACGUCGUGGACGACGGCCGUUUCUCCGUGGGUGGUCGUCAGAUAACCGGAUAUUUAGACGCCCUGACUUCGGCAGUCAACGACGCUGUUACCGCUGACAUACCGUGUUUUCAGAGAAUUGUCUGCGAGGCCGGACUUCAAUUGGCCAGCAGUCCCGUAGCUCAUUCUGCUCGACGGUAA